UUGCGGAAGUAAACAAAGCUCGGCUGACGUGGAGGAGGCUAACCGGAUGAACCGGAUCUGAAUCAGUGGUACAGAACCGUGGGGUCGAUUCCGCGUCUGUCCCAUUUAACGUCUGUCCGGUUGUGUCGGUGUCUCCGGCUCCAGCGGAACUAGUCCCCGUGUGCUAAGCCUCCCUGCGCGGUUAAGAUGGCGGCGGCGGACGACGCCAGCCGGCCGUUCGCCGGCCUGUCAGACGUGUCCAUCUCGGGGGACAUCUCGGUGGAGGGGGACAUCUCCGUCCCCGUCGGCUCCUCCAGGAGGGACGACGAGUACUCGACGCUGGACGAGCCGGUGAAGGAGACCAUCCUGCGGGACCUGCGGGCGGUGGGCAACAAGUUCAUCCACGUCCUGUACCCGAAGCGGAGCUCGGCCCUGCUGCGGGACUGGGACCUGUGGGGCCCGCUGCUGCUCUGCGUCACCCUGGCGCUGCUGCUGCAGGGGGGGGCGGCCGACUCCGACGACCAGGGGGGGCCGCAGUUCGCUGAGGUCUUCGUCAUCAUCUGGUUCGGCUCCAUCAUCAUCACCCUGAACUCCAAGCUGCUGGGCGGCACCAUCUCCUUCUUCCAGAGCCUGUGCGUGCUGGGCUACUGCAUCAUGCCUCUGACCGUGGCCAUGGCCGUGUGCCGCAUCGUGCUGAUCGGCGGCUCGGGGACCGUGAGCUUCGCCGUGCGGCUGGUGGUGGUGACGGCCUCCUUCGGCUGGUCCACCUUCGCCUCCACGGCCUUCCUCGGCGACAGCCAGCCGGCCAACCGCAAGGCGCUGGUGGUGUACCCGGUGUUCCUCUUCUACUUCGUGAUCGGGUGGAUGAUCCUGACCUUCUCGCCCUCGCAGUAGAGGAGGAGGAGGAAGACGAAGACGAACACUCGGAUCUGAACUGACGUGACGUGUUCCUGAUCUCCAGCUUUUUGACUCAUGGGACAUUAGAGGAAUUCCUUGGGAAGCAGCGGGGGGGGGUUUAUGCUGAGUCACCGCCGCGCUGCAGACAGAGUUUGAAAAAGCUGAUGAAAAUGUUCAGAUUCUUCCAGUUUGUCUCCUAGAGCUGUGUAGAAUUUAAAAAAAGGUCCAUAAGCUUGUAUAUAGAAAUGCUUUAUGAAUGUUAGAGUUCCAGAGCAACCUUCAUUUGUCUCCUCCCCUCGGUCGCUCUGGGGCUCUGACACUUUGACGCAGCUCUCGUCUCAUUUCGCUCUUUUGCAUUUUUGUUGAAGUUUUUUCUUAGGGAUGAUUUUUCUUUUCGUGAGACGACAGAUGACGUCUCAAAUGUCUCGACCUUCACGAUGUCUGUCUCUACGUCCCCUCGCAGACUGUUGGUGAGCGGACGUGUUCACACGCUGAGGGAACCUCUGGGCUGUGAUAGGUCGAUUAACCUGCCCGUCGAUCGUUAACCUUUGACCCCUGCUCAGUUUCAGAGAACCUGUCAUUUCUCUUCUUAAAUUACUAACACUGUCUGGUCAUGUAUUUUAAUUUAUGGGUAUUAAUUUUCAUCAAAGAAAAAUGAUUAAAAUACAUUUGAUUUGCAGUGAUUGAAUGUUUUUUUAUUUUUCAGGCUCAGCUCUCGGACUAAAUCAGACAUUUUACUUUCUGUAUGAAUUAACGUACAAAUGCAACUCGUUUAAAUAAAAAAACACUGAUUUAACAGAAUUAAUAAAUCA